AUCCACCAAGUGCAACGAUAAAGAAUGACAGAAGGAGAUAAAAGACCAGCUUUAAUUAUUAUAAUGGGUACAUCUGGCUCCGGUAAGAGCACAGUCGGUAAUGAUAUAGCAGCCUCUCUUAACGUGCAGUUUAUCGACGGCGAUGAUCUGCACCCACAAGCGAAUGUCGAUAAGAUGUCGAGAGGUGAACCUCUUACGGACGAGGAUAGAGAGCCCUGGUUGAAGGUUAUGCAUCGCAAAGCCCAAGAAAUAACAGACGGUGCACACGACAAAGACGUCAAGAGACCGGUUAUACUCAUCGCCUGCUCAGCUCUCAAGAAGAUCUAUAGGGACACCCUCCGUGGGGAUGAGAAAGUCACUUCGGAUACCCAGUUCUCACCUAUAAAAACAUACUUCUUAUACCUCAAAGGUAGUCAGGAAGCACUCCAGGCGAGGAUGUCAGCCAGAAAGGGUCACUUCAUGACUGAAAGAAUGCUCAAUAGCCAACUUCAAACUUUAGAGGAGCCAGAGGAAGAUGAAACCGACGUCAGAGUUGUCGAUAUCGACAAAUCCCGUGAAGAAGUCGCAGAAGAGUCAAUCGCAGCUGUGAAGUCAUUGCUAGAGUUGUAAAAUAAAGAGAAGGAAAUAUAUUUCUACCAUUUAGUGAUGUUCGCUGUGUGCUUGUUCAAAUCUGAUGCCAC